AUGGCGAGCCAUCACGAACCGCUCGCGGCCAUGGGCCCUGUCGACUGGGACCAGGUGCCCCAAGAUGACCUCAAAGAUUUCCUCGCCGACAUAUUUUCCGAAACGCAGACCGUUAUCGAAUCGAUCCCAGCUCCAGCUACGAGAGCUGCCCCAAGUGGCGGAGGGCGGGCGCGCUCAAAGACCGAAUCGGCCGCCUCGGGUCCCGAUAUCCAACGGGCGCUAUCGCAACGACAGAAGGCUUCGGCUAUCAGUCAGGCCCAGGAUCUGCGGAAAGAGUGGAAAGAAAUCAAAGUCAACGCCAAGGAGAAUCCUCUUGGUAUUAAUGUCUACAAGCUGGCUGCCAAAGAUGGGCGCGGGGCCUGGUUUGCGCGGCGAAGCGUCCACGAGGGCCUGUCGUUCGACGACUGGAAGACAGGUCUCUCUGUCGAAUUUGCCGAGACGAUGAAGAUACAGGGAUCACCGGGAAGCGGCAACAUCCGUGGUAUCGGGGCCGAUAAACGUGUCGAGGACAAGAACAUCGAUGAUGCUGGUAGACUGCAGGUCUUCCAACUUUCUGCCCAGUUCCCGGGUCCGACUGCUCCGCGAGACUUUGUUACUCUGCUCUUAACAUCCGAGACCUCCGUUAAGCUUGCUGAUGGUUCUCGUCCGCUGAGACAGUUCAUGAUUGUAUCCAAGCCUUGCGAUCAUCCAGAAUCACCUCCCCGCCAGGGCAUUAUCCGUGGCUACUACGAAUCGGUUGAAGUUAUCCGCGAGGUUCCCAUUGACAACUUUGCUUCCAGGAGAUCUUUGUCGUCAGCAGACCUAUUGACCCGAGACGAGCCCAGGAGGCCGAGCCCAAAGCCUGGUAGCGAAGGCCAUGGUUCAGCACCCAUCGACGACUUCCCUACAGCUGUUGAAUGGCUCAUGGUGACUCGAAGCGACCCCGGUGGCAGCGUACCACGUUUCCUCAUCGAGAAGGGAACGCCGCCUGGCAUCGUUGGCGAUGCUGGCAAGUUCCUUAAGUGGGUGACGGCCAAGGCGAUGCAAGGCUUUCCAGAUCCCAACGCGGUUGUCGAACCACAAGAGACUGAGCUGCCUGUGUUGGGCAAGGAAAAGUCAGCAACUAUUCCAAACAUUCCUACGGCCAAUGUUGACCCCGUUGAUGAGCACCCGAGCCAAGAUGACAUGAUGCCGAGUAGUAACGGACUCUACGGCAUGUUAGCUGGUGCUAUCGGCGCUGCGAGCUCAUAUCUCCCUACUGGACUGCUCAAGACAUGGGGGACCGGAUCGGAUAUGGCCUCCACCGAUGAGAGCACCUAUGAAGCUCAUCAGAUCGAGGAAGAGCAUCGCGACGAUGAAAGUGACACUUCGUCCAUUCGAAGCUUUGCAUCUGCCCUAGAGAGGAGUGUAACUGCAGAGAACAAGUCCCCUGAUAGCAUCACCGAGUCGCAAUCCGAGACAUCCCGUUCGAACCCACCACAGACACAGGGCGACAAGGAGCUUAAGAAGCUCGAGCAGCGGAGGAAGAAGCUAGACGAGAAGGUUGCCCGUCUUCAGGAGCGUCGGCAGAGCAAGCUUCAAGGCGAGAAAGAGAAGGACGCCGCCACGCUGGCCAAGAUGCGAGAGAAGCAUGAAAAGGAGGUAGCUAAGCAAGAGGAGAAGUAUCGUCGCGAGAUCAAGAAGCUCGAAGAGAAGCGCGAGGUGGAGCAACGCAAAGCUGAGGAACGCCGACGCAAGGCUCUGGAGCGUGAAGAGAAGAACAACCUCUCCCUCGAGCUUGAACGAGUCCGUGCCGAAAGAGAUCUUGCGCGUCGUCAGAUCGAGCUCCUUGAGGGUCAGGUCGGCGAACUCCAAGCCCAGAACACGAUGCUGGUCCGCAAGCUGGGUAAGAUGGGGCUGGUGGACAGGUCCGACUCUACGGCGUCACUCAAGAGUCUCAAGAGAGCCGGCACGGGCAUCGAGACAUCUUAG